AUGGCUGUCGGCCUGAGCAAUGGCCGGCAUGCAGCCGAAGAGGAGGCGCGCGCCGAAGUCGAUGUUCUCAACUCCCGGCUCGAGAAGACGACGCAAUUGACCAAAAAGAUCGAAGCAUGUCUGGGCAGGUUAGAAGCCACAGGAAAGAGCGUGCGAGAAGUCGUCGGCCCACUGAAUGGGGAGACGAAGAAAUUGCAGAUUCUGGGGCAUAACAUCGAUAAUGUUAUUGCAGCCAUCGAGCGACUCCGCCAACCUGCCGAUAGCAAGAACGACGAGGAACAAAUCAUUCGAAUGGGCCCAGAGAAGGCGGGCUUAUCUAACUACUUGGGGUCAAUCAAGAGGCUCAAUAAGGCACUGGCAGAUAUGAAAGCCUCCAAUCUCCGAGCUACUCAGCAGACAGUUGCGGACCUUCAACGGCUUAUCAAGUCUGGCAACACACAACUGGAGAAUAGCUUCGACAAACUGCUCCGAGGCGAAACCCCGCGUUCUAUCGAACCAUUGCACUUCAUUACAAAACAGAAGCCUUUCCCAGUGCUGGCACAAGAUAAAAUCGCCAGGCUGGGCUUAAUGAACUCAUAUGUUGCUGGGACCUUUCGGGAAAGCGGAGGAGCGCCACAGGAGUCUCCUGUAGCAAAGAUAUACGCCGACAUUCGUGGGCCGUACCUUCAAACAACACUUGUGAACUUGGCGGCUGCUAGUGUGAACACAGCGAAGAAGAAGAACCCGGAUGCCAUCUACCGGUCUGGGACGAAUGGGAUCAGCACAUAUGCUCAGUCAAUGGAGGGACUAUAUCUUGCAGAAUACGACAACAUUUGUAGCAUCUUUAUGCGAGAUGACUGGGGGCCAGUUUUCCAGGCAACUUGCCAAGCUUCGCUGGCCGAACUAUCACGAACGUUACGAGAACUGAAUUCUCAUAUCAAGGCGCACCUGAACACAGACUGCUACUUGGCUUACGAGGUGGUGGAAAUUAUAUCUGGUCUGUCCAACAACCUGGAGACACGUACAGGAGAGUUAAAGAUGUCUCUGGCUGCCAAUCUCAAGCCGGUACGAGAAACCGCCAAGUCAUCACUGGCUGAAUUGUUGGAUGACACAAAGAGGAGAGUAACCGCAAUGGCAACACUACCUAUGGAUGGCGCUCCCGUUCCGAUCGUGUCCGAGACCAUGCAGAGGCUACAGACUAUGGUGGACUUCCUACGGCCAAUAUCCAGCAUCAUGAUAUCCCUGGGGGAUGGGGGAUGGCGGUCGACUGCAGCAGCAAGAGGUGGAGGUGUCGGAGACGGCAUCCCAAGCCUCGCAUCGUUCGAUAUUGGUGCCGACGGCAAGGAGAUUUUCGCGCACUACUGCACUGACACUAUUGACGCCCUUCUGUCAUCCUUGGAAUCUAGGGCGCGCACCUUGUUCGGCAGACGGCCGGUCGCAGGAGUCUUCUUGGCCAACAGCAUCACUAUUGUCGAGCGCAUGAUCCGAGAUUCCGACCUCGCACCGCUAUUGGAGCAGAGAAUGGGCAUCGUCGACCAGUGGCGCAAGAAGGCAACCUCUCUGUACACAGAUACAUGCAAGGACGUAUCCAUGCACUUGUUCGACGUGAUCCACACCAACCGCACGCAACGGCCCACCUCGGGACAGGGGGCCGUAGACUCGGCUUCAAUUCUGAAGGGCCUGUCGUCUAAGGACAAGGAGAACAUCAAAGGCAAGUUCCAGGCGUUCAACGCCAGCUUCGAUGACAUGGUCUCGAAGCACAAGUCGUUCAGCAUGGAGCGAGAGGUCCGCCAGAUGUUUGCAAAGGACAUCCAGCAGAUGCUCGAGCCACUUUACAAUAGGUUCUGGGACCGCUACCACGAAGUGGACAAAGGCAAAGGCAAAUAUGUCAAAUAUGACAAGUCGUCGAUCGCCGCCGUCUUCCUCAGCCUGUAUUAA